CCGCGGUGAGUGCGUGCUCGAGCCUCGCGGGUGGCGGCGGCUGCGCGGGCCGGGGGAGCCCGAAGGGCCCGGCGAGCCGGGUCGGGCGGGGAGUCGCCAUGGCCGGGAGUCAAGACAUGUUCGACGCCAUCGUGAUGGCGGACGAGAGGUUUCACGGGGAAGGAUACCAGGAAGGCUAUGAAGAAGGCAACAGUUUGGGUAUAAUUGAAGGAAGGCAGUAUGGCACGUUACAUGGAGCCAAAAUUGGAUCUGAGAUUGGGUGCUAUCAAGGCUUUGCUUUUGCUUGGAGAUGUCUCCUGCACAGUUGUACCACUGAGAAAGACAGCAAAAAGAUGAAGGCCUUAGAAUCGUUGAUUGGAAUGAUUGAGAAGUUCCCUUACGAUGACCCUACUUACGAUAAACUUCACGAGGACUUAGACAAAAUUAGAGGGAAAUUUAAACAGCUUUGUUCAUUACUAAAUGUUCAGCCGGACUUUAAAAUUAGUGCGGAAGGUUCUGGACUUUCAUUUUGAGGAUGACAGAUGAACAAAGAUGAAACAUCAAGGAACAGAUGUCCGUAUGUUAAGUGUUUAAAAAUGUGAUUCAAGGCAAAACAAUGAUGGAGUAUUCAUUGUUCUGUGGGGAGGGUUCCAGUUUGGCCGGUGAAAGGGCUUCCUUCUCCCUGGGGGCUGCCUGUGUCGCCUGGGUGCCCCCUGUGGCCCCUCCACACAGGCUCAGCCUUUGUUGGGCCCUGUCUGCUCUGCAGUCUGAGUGAGUCCCUGCCAGAGCCCUCGUGGGGCUGCUCGCUCCCGGUCCAGGGUUGUUGGCCUGUGGUCCCCUCCAGCUGGGCAGGCCUGGCCGGUUCUAGACCGGGGGUGGCUCUGGCUAGGAUUACCCCCCGAGCCUGGACUUGGCGCUCAGAAGAGCAGUUUUUUAGGAACUGAGAGCACCAGGGUUGAUGUGACGUGAGUUGGGGGGCGGUGUGCCAGGACUGACAUUCACUGGCCCCGAGGAUGUGCAGGUGCUGGGCGCUGGGCUUCCCUGGUCUGUGUAAUCCCUUCAGUGUUCCCACUUUACAGAUGAGGAAACCGAGGCCCGCAGGGACUGCCCAGUCCAAGGGCAUCAGCAGCAGAGCUCGGACUCCAAUCCUGCGCCCGCCUGUCACCACCAUCUUGUGCUGCCUGUCCUGGAACGUGCGGUCACAGCCAUGGAGUGGGUCACUGCUCUCAGGCCCAGGGUGCACGGGUCCCCACUGUGCUCCGUGGAGCCACGGGGAGUCACUGUGGCCAGGUGACACGGCACCUGGCUGAGAGGGGCUUCAGAGGGAGCCUGGACAUAUACUUUGCAGUGUUUCCAGAUGGGGGUGAGGCUUUGCAGCAUUAAAAUGGUUAAGGCGGGAAAUACUUCAGGCUAAAGACAAAAUGUUGGGCUGCUGCUAUCUCUGCAGAGUUUGGGAGCCUUGUGUUGAGGACACUGUGCAUCUCCUGUAACACGACUUCUCUUGUCUUCUGCCCGUACUUCGCAGGCAUCUGUAUCCACGGGGAGGUACUGGGGGGUGUAGGAGGUUCCAUCAGUGGUUCUUGAGCAUCUCUCUCUGCCUGUCCCUGUGUGCACCCUCCAGGGGGGCGCCCCCAGCAUCACUGGCAGGUCCCGCCUGCUCCCGUCUGAGGCAGUGUGUCUGAAAGUCACGCGUGAGAUGAAUAAAGGGGUAACCGGGAAUCUGUUCCAGUUUGUAACAUCAUCCUGGGUCGUCUGAGUGGCUGUUGCUGUGCUGCCCAAGCCAGUGGUCCUGAGGCCCCACCGGGAGACUCAGGGCUGGGGGCCCCGCAGGAGCGGGUGUGGGUGUUUGCUUCCCUCUCGUCCGCUUCCCCUGGCCAGUGUGCUGAGGGAGAGACCGGGCACGCCGCCGCUGGCGUGUGCGUCCCUGAGCGCGGCCCUGGCCUCGGCCGCCGGAGCUCCUGGGAGCUGGCGUGCUCACGGCCGCAGAGAGCGCCUGCCCGCGGCCUGAGCCCACGGCCACCAAGGCCAGCAGCGGGCCUCCCUUGCUGGUGGGACGGGUCAGGGGGUGAGGAGGGGGCGACUGUGGUGGUUUUCCUUGGCGGAUUGUUGUUUUCUAAGUUCUCUAUUGUGGUAAUAUGUUAUUUUACAAGUGGAGAGAAAAAUAAAUAGCCAGUUUUAAAGCAACAGGCUGUCUGUGGGAGCGUUUAUAACGUGAUAUCCAGCAAAUUCAUUCCUUACUCCAAGGUAUCUGGGAUCCAGGUCCGAGGGCAGGCGCGCAUUGGGUGGGCAGACCGCUGCUUCCUGUUGCGUUUCUGUCCACCCGUCUCAUUAAAACGUGUUGUAGACACGGUUCCUGCGAGAGAAUGGUGCCCCGUGAUGAACGUUAGAGGAGGGGUUCAUUCCUCCUCAAGGACCCUGGCUCAGCCACCUGUCAGCGGUUGUAACUGAUCCCUCCUGCCCAGACUCCCUCUCUGUCCCCCACAGUCUCGGCCUCCCGUUCCAGGGGAGAGCUUCCUUGGAGCUCUCUGGAGUGGGUUUUGUUCCUUUAUGAUGGAACAAAAACAUUGGUUUCCCAAAGCUUUGGCCUGCUCUCUCCUUGUUGGAAACUCCCAGCAUAUUCUGUGCCACUGUUGGUCCACUCAGGCCACCAUAACAGACACCACAGAUGAGGCUCACUCAACAGACAAGUACCAUCUCCUGGUGCUGGAGGCCAAAGCCCGAGGUCCAGGCGCGGUCAGGGCAGGGUCCUCCUGAGGCCUCUCUCCUUGUGUGUGGACGGCCAUGCUCUCCCUGUGUCCUCACGGGGUUAUCCCACCGUGUGUGUGUCCUGUAAGGACCUCAGUCAACACUGGAUCAGGGCACACCCCGGUGACCUCAUGUUACCUUGAUUACCUCUUUAAAGACCCCCAUCUCCAGAUAUGGUGAUGUUAUGAGGUGCUGGGGGUCAGGAUUUCAACAUUGGAAUUUUGGGGACACAGCCCGUAGCAGCCACCCUGAGCAGCUGCUGGGAAAGAAUGUUGACCUAGGACUUAGGAGAGGAGAAAACAUUUCACGUGGAGCUGCUUCAUCGAAUUCUGGAAUGUGAGUCAUCGGGACCAAGGGCAGUCUGUGUACAGGCCAAAGUGUCCUAGGAGAGGGCCAUGGUUUACUUUUUAUUUCAUAUUCAUCAUGCUUUUUCUCCACCCAGGGUGAGAAAAGGAUUUGGAGGCACUUGGGGAGCCUGUAAGUGGUGUGUUCAGAAUGAGGGAAGGGGAAGGUGGGCAGGGAGGGCUUCCUAGAGGAGGUACCCUUCACCCUGCUGCUUUGUGAGCUCUCAUGUGACCUCAACCCCACAGACCAUUUCCCAUCCUAUCUGAGAACAGCAGUGUAAUUUGGAGAGAUCGAAAACUGUAAUUACCCUGUGAGGUCCUCCUAAUUCCUACAGUAAUUCCAGUCCUGAAUGAAUGAAGUGGGGAGCUGGUCUUUGACUCAGGAAACUGAAGUCACCAAGCGGGGAUGGUUGACCAGAGACAAGUGGGCACAGUGUCCAAUUCCUACAGGAUUGGAGUCCUAUAGUUGAGGGCCCUGCCACGGAAGGCUGGAUGGCUUGUCCAAGUCCAUGUGACUUAGUGGCCCAGCUGGGGCUUUGCAGAUUCCUUGUCCGAGAAGGAAAGUCACUCCUAACUCUUCGGGGACUUCUAACUCCUUUCUGAUUAAAAUCUUCCUUCCUUGGCAUCAAGGUCCUUGCUGGUCUGUCCCUCGGGGGCCCUGCGGAGACAGCGCUUUGGCCUCGUCUCUCUAGGGCCCUGCUAGAUCAGCUGGGCCUUGGGUGGCAGGGCUAGAGGUUCUGUCUUGGGUGGUACCCAAGCAUGACCUCAUUUCCGCUGCUCAAGAGUGAUGUGCUGGGGAGCGCAAGCACCGUGGACAUGCUCGCUCACUGAAGCCUUAUUGAUGGGUUGGUUCCAUCUUUUAUACAAGGAUUUACUGAGCACCUGCUGUUCCCUGUGGGGGAGUGCCCCUGGGAUGGCGGGGUGCUCACUGAACCCCCCCCCAGCUUGAGAGCUCAAAUUCACCUGUUUCAGGUUGAAUUGUUCCCCCCUCCCCCCAAAAAAGCCAUAUUGCACACCUAGCCCCUGAAUGCGACCUCAUUCAGAAGUAGGGUCUUUGCCGAUGUGAUUUAGGCAUAAGUUAAGAUGGGUCGUAUUUGCGUGGGGGAGCGUGACUGUUCUCGUAAGGAGAGGAGACGCAUACAGGGAGGGGAUGCCGUGCGAAGGCGGAAGCGCAGGCAGGGCUGAGAUGGGAGUGAUGCAGCUACAAGCCAGAAGGGGUGCUAACCAGCAGCCACUGGAGGCUGGGAGAGCGUGGCCCUGCCCACACCUUGAUUUCAGACUUCCAGCCUCCAGAACUCAGCCCCAUCGUUUAUAUUGGGAUUAUACUGUUAAAUCUGGAGAAGGUAGAAAACACAUACACAUUGUUACAGUUAAGAAUCUUUGAGCACCAAACGACAGGAAGCCCCUAUCAAUGGACUUAAACAGAAGGACAACAGUUGUCUCCUGGAACAAAAGGGGGGAUCUCCCUUCAGGAGAGGCUUGAUCCAGCAGUUUGUCCAGAGAGCUGGUACCUUCUUUCUGCUCUGCUGCAGGACUGGCCUCAAGCUCAGAGUCCACCCCGUGGCCUACAGCAGCCCCGUCAGGGUGGUGGAAGAGCCACACUGGUCCCUGGAGUCUUGAGGGGGAGAGGGGAAGGCUGUCUUUUUCAGAAGCCUCAGAAAAUGUCUCUCCCUGUCUCGUUGGCUCUGUUAGAUUUCACAUUCACCCUUGAGCCUGCCACCCUUCAACCUUCCCACCCCUGGGGGGCGGAUGUGCUGUUGGGUUUGAGCCCGUCAGCGCCUGUCCUGGAGCUGGGGAUGGGGUCAUUCCCACCCAAGCCACAGAGCAGAAUGGUCAGCACCAGGCAGGGGAUUGGGGCUGGCCCGAAGAACAAGAACUCUCUGCUUCGUGAGCCCAAAGAGGGAAGGAAGUAUGGCCUUGGCCCUGCCACCCGGAGAGCCGCUGGUUUGGGGGCCUCUCUUUCCACACCUGGAUGACGCAUGGGGUGAUGCUGGCCUUUAUUGAGUGGUGACUGUAGGGCGCCGUGCUAAGUAACGCACACACUCGGGCUGUGUAGCCCUCACCCCUGAAAGCGCGCACUGAACUGAGGUUACUGAGCCCCUGUUCUGGGCUGGGUCAGGUCAGAGAGUCCAAGCGAGAUGCAGACAGUGCCCUGCCCUCCUCCGAGGCUCCCUUCUUGUAGACACAAUUACCCCCAUUUUUCAGAUGAGAAAAUCAAGGUGCAGAGAGGUAAAGACACACAGCCGGAAGGUGGCGGGGCCGAGAUCCAACCCCUGGGUCUUUUCCACCAAAACACGUAUGUGUACUGCAUGCACGUAUGUGUGUGAGCUUUCUUUCUACGUGGCGGUCACCUCACACCCCCGCUGCCAGCGGGCCUGGCUGUCCUUCUCCAGGCCCACCGGCCAAGACACCGGCCUGACUUCGGGGACUGCUGACUUGAAGCCUGGGACAUUGGUGGACCUGACCUCGCCCCGCUGGGCUUCCUGGCAAAGCUGGGCCCCAAGUGCAUGCACUGGCCUGUGGGUGAAAAGAGCCGCGUGGAGGCUUCGUGCGUUUUACUUAUUUAUUUAUUGAAUUAAAAUAACGUUUUUUAAAGAUUUUAUUUAUUUAUUUGAAAAACAA